AUGAUCAAAUACGAUUUGUCAACGGAUGUCAAGAUCACCUUGAAUGAUGGAAAUGUUAUGCCUACCUUAGGACUAGGAACAGUUCACGAAGGAGACGCACCUGAUGUAAAGAACCAGGUAGUUGCCGCUGUGAGAGCAGGGUAUCGUCAUAUCGAUACUGCUUGGUACUAUGGUUCGGAAAAAUAUGUGGGGGAGGCUCUCAAACAAAUCCAAGAAGAAGGAAUUGCAAAAAGAGAAGAUUUAUUCAUUACUACUAAAGUAUGGCCUUCUUUCCACCAUCAUCCAGAGAGAUCAAUUGACGAUUCAUUGAAGGAAUUAGGAAUUGACUACAUCGAUAUGGUUUUACAGCAUUGGCCCAUUUGUCUCCUGGGUGAUGCUAACGGAUUACCACCCACACCCUUUGAUAACAAGGGCAAGUUGAUCUACGAUGAUGAUCCUGUCAAUGGAACCGGGUAUAUCAAAUUUUAUAACAGGCUUGAAGACUACAAGUUCAAUACUGAAAAAGUGAAAUCCAUAGGUGUAUCCAACUAUUCUAUUUCAAGGUUGGAACUUUUGCUUAAAAACAGAAAGAGAUACAUUCCAGUCGUUAAUCAAAUUGAAUACCAUCCUCAGUUGCCCCAGAAGGACUUGGUUAACUUUUGCGAGAAUAAUGGAAUCAUCGUUGAAGCUUACAGCCCUCUUGGAGGAACAGGUGCACCAGUUUUACGAGCUCCAAUGAUCAAUGAAUUGGCUGCCAAGUAUCAAGUCUCACCCAACGAAAUCGCGAUUGCUUAUCAUAUCCUAGAGGGAAGAAGUGUUUUGAUCAGGUCAUCCAAUCUCGGAAGAAUCAAGACCAAUAUCAAACUUCCUCCCUUAACUCUAGAGGAAUUGGCAAGUUUGUAUGAUGUAGGAGUUAAGAGACCAACCAGAUAUACUAAUGAUCCAUGGGGCUACGGCUUAGGUUUCAAGUGGUGGGAGGGCGAUACUCUCAGUAAAUAGCCAAUUAACGCAAGUAGACUUCAUCACCAAUAAUGUAUAUUUAUCGGUCUUAAUAAAUUGCUACUCUAAUAAAACAGAUUCGUCAUACGGCAAGCACAGCAAACACUCCUAGUACACCAUUUGCUUUUAUCGAAUAUCAUAUAAAUUUGUGAAAUUGACGGAUUUUAAUGGAAAAACAAUAUGGUUAUAUACAGAAGUUAAUUUUCAUUUUAAUAGUCGUGAGACGAAAUUGACUCUUAAUACCCUAGAAGAAUGCAUUUUUAGAAGCUGGGUUCAAUGAUCCCGUUGACUGUUACUAGCUUAAAUUACU